CCUGACCUGUGGUGUAUUUGAUGCUUCAGUGAACUCUUGUCGUAAACCGUGUCUAAAAGUUGGGCUUUUUAUCUGCAUCUCAGAAGUCAAAAGAGGCUGAUUUUCUUUGCUUUUUUACCCUGUCAAUUUAUAGACCCUGGAAAAUGAUGGAUAAUUCCUCAUACAUUGCAAGUUUUAUACUUGUUCCCUUUAAAGACAUGGGGAACAGUAAACAUGUAUAUUUUAUAGCUGCACUAAUUGCAUAUCUACUGAUGCUAACUUUUAAUCUCUCAUUAAUUCUGCUAAUACUUUUUGAAAAAAGCCUUCAUGAGCCUAUGUACAUUUUUCUGUGUAAUUUGUUGAUUUGUGCACUUGUUGGCUGCACAAAUUUUUACAUAAAAUUAUUGAUUGACCUUCAGACAGAUGUUCCAGUGGUUUCUCGUUUAGUUUGUUUCACUCAAAUUUUUUUUCUUUAUAUUUAUUUCUCUGUUGAAAUUACCAUUUUAACUGUCAUGGCAUAUGAUAGAUUCAUAGCAAUAAAUGUUCCUUUGCUAUACAGUACAAUCAUUUCAUAUGCAAAAGCUUUAAAGUUAAUUAUUCUGGCUUGGAUAUAUCCAAUUUGUUGUGUAAGUAUUUUGAUAUCACUGUCUAGCAGUCUGAAGUUAUGUGGAAAUACCAUUAACACAGUGUACUGUAAUAAUUGGGAAAUUGUAAAGUUGUCCUGUACAGACACCAGCGCUAAUAAUGUUUAUGGAUCAGUGGCUUUUGGUAUGUUUUUAUUGCCUAUACUCUUUAUUUUAUAUUCAUAUAUAAAAAUCCUUGUUUUGUGUUGGAAUAGCUCCAGAUCUCAUAAAUGGAAAGCUUUUCAAACGUGCCUUCCACAUUUGGUUACAUUCACGUUCUUCUUAUGUUCCAUAGUAUUUGAAAUAAUAGAGAGCCGAUUGCGCUUGAAAAGAACAUCAGACGUGGUCAGUACCAUUGCUUCUUUGGAGUCUGUAAUAAUUUCCCCUCUUUUAAACCCUUUAAUAUAUGGAAUUAUUUUACCUGAAAUACGCAGAAGAAUUAUUCAUGUAUUUUUUCCUGGUAAAAAACAAACAUUACAACAUAGAUAAACUAUGUAAAUGUCUCAAGACCAGGAAAAAAAAAUUGUUAAUUUUGUAUUCAUAAGUAGGUGUCAAGAAAAGAUAUCAGAAGCUGCUCAAACAAUAAACAUAUCUGUUUAAUAUUGUGUCUUUUACCUACUUGUAAAUUAAAGUGUCUUCUUCUUUCGGCUACUCCCGUUAGGGGUUGCCAAAGCAGAUCAUCCAAAAUUGUUGUCCGCAUAUUGAUUUGGCAAAAUUUUACACCGGAUGCCCUUCCUGACAAAACCCUCCCCAUUUAUUCGGGCUUGGGACCGGCGCGAAGAAACACACUG